GCAACAUGCAGACAGCUAAUCCAACAGUCAACAAUUUCUCGUUCUCAGAUAUCAUUAGUGCGAUGCAAAACAUCGCAAGUGCCCAGUUUAUAAUUGAUCGUCUCUGGUAAAUAACCGCUCGCAUCAGCUCGCACCUUCACAAGUGAUCGUAUAUGUCUACUAUUCCAAUUUCACGAAUGUUGUGUUAACGAAGAUGACCAGAUUCCGAACUUUGAAACUCCAUAUCACAAAUUCCCCAACACCGACCACUCUACUACUAUCGACCCGAGGACCAGAACGUUUUCGAUAUCAUCGCCGAGGGCCGGCAGCAGUUGGAAGCUGUGAUGAACGGGGUAAAAAAUCUUCAUCGGCAACUCGUUCAAAAAAGGACAAGAUCACCCAGUCGAUGAAUUUCCACAAGGGAUUCAUAUCGCCUCUCUGGCGCUUUCCAGAUGAACUCCUCUCCCAAAUUUUCCACCACUGUUUCCCGGACACUGGUCCAAAAACCAAUCACUUUUCGCCCUCAUCAAGGCUCAAAGCUCCAAUGAUCGGAGUAUGCCGACGAUGGAGGGAGGUUGCAACGAGCACACCCAGUCUGGUGCAGGUGCACGUGGAGGUCGAUGAUACAGACUGGCAGCGGACGGCUUCCUGCUAUGACUCAUGGCUCAAUUGGUCCGACCACGUUCGUGCCAGGUGUUGCCAGGGUGAACUCCGUUGGAAAGUAAAACCUGCUAUCUUUACACUGUCUGGGUUUUAUGUAAACUUGGUGUGCAGAUGCAGUUGAUUUUGACUGUCAUGGUAUGAACAAGACUGUGUGAUGUUACUACAGACGAACAAUGCAGGCCAAGGAAGCCCCAGCCUUACAACCUCAUGGGUAUCAUGUCCCGAUUUAUUCAUUUAUCGGUGACUGAAUAGAGUUCAGGUCCAAUACCGUGAAUGUCUACGAGGUGCGUUAACAGUCUACAACCCACAAGAUCCACGGCGUUUCUCGUGCAAUAUUAAUAAUCGUCAGCGAACUCGGAGACAUGGAAUUACGUUUCUGACAUUUAUAAGACACGUUUGAUGGAU